AUACAUGUCUCGUAAUAAUUAUUUUGAAGAUUCAGUGAGAAUUGUAGGACUUGUGUCAAAACUUCCUACAAUCAAUGAUCCCGUUGAAGACCCAACCAAAAGAACGUUUUGGCCGGAGAUGCAGAUAUCCAAUCUGCGGCGGAUAGUCGAGGAAAUCGACAAUGGGAAGCUGAAGAAGCUUCUGGCCCAGCCCACAGCCAUGCAGACGAAGCAGAGUCGGCUCCUGAACGCGUAUUGGCAAUGGGUUUACGUGGAGUUUUGCUCCGUCUCCAUCCCUGCCGGGUUCCAUACCUCAUUCAAAAAAAUGAGAAAUAAAAUUAAAAAGGAAGGAUUUAUGAUUUUUUAUGGAUUAUUCGUUGAAUUGGGGUAAAUAACUGAUGUGCUGGAAUUUUUGGAGGGAAAAUAUCAAACAGGAUAAAUAAACAUUUGUCUGGAGUUGUAUUCCAAACAAAAUUGACUCAUUAAAAAACCCGUAUUUUUAGUUUUUAUUUAUGUUUUAUUUUAUUUUGUAGUUUGAGUACUACCCCUGGAGUAAAACAGUUUAGGAUUGAGUUGGCAAACAGAAACAUUGAAAAUAUUCUGAAUGAAGAUGGAAGCCGGCAGAGGAGACAACAGAAGGAGGCCCGGAGAACAGGUGGAGGGCCUCCUGUUCCUCCUGUUCCAGAACUGGACCCUGAGGUCUUCAGGUAACAUUUUUUUUUCA